UCCAUCUUCUUCUUCGUUGGUGUGUUUACCUUCGAAGGGGAAGUGUCCUCCAUGGUGUCAUUGCUGUUCUCUUGAGGUUGAAUAUCCAACAAAUCAAAAUGUCUGGGUACACACCGGACGACAAGCUGCGGGUGGAUCAGCUGAGGAAGCUCCGGAAACUGUGGCUGAAGGACCAGGAGCUCAGCCCGAGAGAGCCCGUGAUUGAGAUCAAACCUCCGGGAGCCGUCGCUAAGUUCUGGGCUGGAUUCCUGGAGCCCAAGACCCUGUGGAGGCUUUACACCUACAAAGCAUACACAGGUGGAGUUUUCGCCAUCACACGACUGUUGAUUCCUGCUUGGGUUGUUCACUACUGUGUGAAAUACCACAUCGCUGAAAGGCCAUAUGGUAUUGUGCCGUUGAAACCCAGGCUGUUCCCUGGUGACACCAUCCUGGAGACGGGUGAAGUUGUUCCAGAUCUCCCCGAGUUCCAUGGUCAUCACUGAAGUUGAAAUAUUUCUUUCAUUUCCUGUUGUAAAAACUGUGUAUAUGCCAAUAAAAUAAUAAAUUCAG